AUGUCGCCGGCGGUCAGCAAAUGCAACAAACUCCGACGCAUUGUCAGAAUCCGUCAAAUGCUACAGCGCUGGCACAAGAAGGCGCGCCUCACGGCCGCACCUGCGCCGUCCGACGUCCCCUCGGGACACGUGGCGAUCUGCGUAGGCAGCAGCUGCAAGCGGUUUGUCGUGCGCGCGACGUACCUGAACCACCCCAUCUUCCAGAAGCUUCUAGUACAGGCCGAAGAGGAGUACGGCUUCGCCAACCAAGGCCCCUUGGCCAUCCCGUGCGACGAGUCGUUUUUCGAAGAGGUUCUUCGGGUCCUGGCCCGGUCUGAGUCUGGUAACUCCGGCCAGUUCUUGAGCAUCGAGGAUCUCCAGAGACGCUGCCACGUUGAUGCUCUGAAUCAGCUCGAGUAUUUGAGCGAAUCUCGGCCGUUGCUUCGAGGGUUGGCUGAUAAAUCUGUAUGUUGAUUUGCUUUUGGUCGAAUGAUCGAAUCUGUAUGUUAAUAGGUGUGGGGCGCUUUUGAGUGGAGCGAGUCGAGUUGAGACGACUCAGCUGAGUUUCCGAGUUACUGACUACUAGUGACUACCACUAUAAGUUAGCUAAUUAUUAUUUUAAUUAUUUUUGGUAAAGACCAAAAUUAGGAGUAAUUAUUUGUGUAAUAUUGUAGAAUUUCAGGAUAUAAAUAUUCAACAAAAUGUUUGAUAUCUAAUCUAUAACAAUUGUAAUUCAAAGGUA